AUGAUUUUCAGACCGAACAUUUUCCCGGAGAAAGACGAAACAACUGACAAGUGGAUAAUGGAUUGCCAAGUGUCAGAUGGAUUUUCCGAUCUGUCUGAGGAUCCAUCAAAAUCUCCCAUCAUGAAGAUCGAAGGCCGGGAUGAUUUAAGCUUAAAGGCUCUUUUUUCCUCCUCCUCCUUCUUUAACCGAACGAAUACACUCGAGGAAUUUGAGGCUUCUUCCGCAGUGGAGAAUAUUGAAGAGAGAAGUGAACGUUUGCCAUCUGGUCACAAUUCGCCUGUGCCCCAUAAGCAAAUUAGUCAAGUGGCCAAAAGACCCCGUUCAGCGUCUACUAGGUCUCGCCGGUCAUCUUCGAAGAAAAAAACGGAUAAGACGGAACAUGAAACUCGGGCUUCUAUAUCCGGAUAUAUAUCUCGAAAGAUAAGACCCGACUCUAUUUGGCUGAAUCCGAUACUACCGACUCCGUUUAGAGAAGCUGGAAUUGUGUGGAAUGGAGUCUACAAAAGGAAACCGUCACUUGUGUUUUCGCCAUCAGUUAUGGUGACUCGUGAUACGUUUGUAAAAAUUCUGGUUGAGAAACUUAACAUGUCCUGCAAGGUUAGCAAGAAUGAUUGUAAGCUGCUUCGAACUCUUCUGUAUAGCCAUGGCCUAACGGAAAUGCAGGGUUACUCCAAUGAGUUUAAUCUUCUUUGGACAAGCAGUCAUUUAAAACCCUCCCAACUGAAAUGUCUUUACGAAUUUCAGAAAAUUAACCAUUUCCCUAACUCGUUCGAGCUAACACGAAAAGAUAGACUAGCAACGAACAUACAAAGAAUGCAAAUUUUAAAAGGUUUUCAUAAUUUUGACUUUGUUCCGCGAACAUUUGUGCUACCCCAGGAUUAUCAAGAUCUACUAUCAGAACAUACGAAGGAGCGCUCUGUAUAUAUUGUUAAACCAAUUGCUUCUUCGAGGGGGAGAGGGAUUUAUCUUGCUACAAACCCUGACAACAUUUCCACGGAUGAAACUGUUAUAGUGUCAAGAUACAUUUCGAAUCCACUACUCAUCGACGGUUUCAAGUUUGACCUGCGUCUCUACGUCGCUGCGACAUCUUACGAUCCCCUAAUAGUCUAUGUUUAUGAAGAAGGUUUGGCAAGAUUCGCGACGGUUCGCUAUCAGUUUGGAGUUCGGCACUUAAAAAAUGUAUGCAUGCAUCUGACAAACUACAGUGUUAACAAGUUGAACCAUGAUUUUGUCCAUAAUGACGAUGCCGACGUAGAGGACUUCGGAAACAAGUGGUCGCUGGGGGCACUUUUGAGGUAUCUAAGGAGUGAAGGAAAAGAUACGGCCGGACUUAUGCUACGUAUUGAGGACAUAAUUAUCAAGUCAUUUAUCGCCGUGGAGUCGCCCAUUGUCUCGGCCUGCCACCUAUUUCAAGCUGGCAAAAAUAACUGUUUUGAAUUAUAUGGCUUUGAUAUCAUCGUGGAUGAAAACCUAAGACCAUGGCUUCUGGAAGUCAAUCUCUCCCCGUCCUUGGCCUGCGAUACUCCACUAGACUUCAAAAUCAAGUCCAGUAUGAUUGCUGAUCUGCUCACACUUGCUGGUAUUCAAUGCCAUGACCCAAGUCGGAAGUACAAUGCUGGCGUCAACCACCCAGGUGUGAAUCCUUUGGUUCCCACUUUCAUGGCGCCAAAACAACCGACAUUUUUUGUGCCUGCACGCAAUUACCUCCUAUCAGAAUUACCGGGUGCUGUGAAUGGUAAGUCUUGCAUUUGA